CACAAAGGACCACCACAAAACUACCUAUCUUAGUCUUUCUUUUUCUCUCUCUCGUGAAUAUAGUUACUUCAUUUUCCAUCCACCUUGUAACACAUGAAUAUCUAACAAUAAUCCCAAAAACUCAAGAUUCAUUCAUGAAAACCUGUAUUCUACUACCUAAAAUUCACACCUUUUCUCUAACUAUUCUCAAACUAAACAUUUGUUUUCUUCUCUUGUUGUAGGCACUAAAAAAAAAAAAACAUAUGAAAAUGUGGUUUUUUUCUUGUCCUUCUUGUUUUUUUAUCUUCAUAUUUCAUGUUGGUUUAUUGUAUGGAUCUUUAGCUAUUGAAACUUUACAACUUAAUGAUGAUGUUUUAGGCCUCAUUGUAUUCAAAUCAACUCUUCUUGAUCCUAACUCAAAACUCUUAUCUUGGAAUGAAGAUGAUAACUCUCCUUGUGCAUGGGAAUUCAUCAAAUGUAAUCCAAUGAAUGGUAGAGUUUCUGAACUUAACUUAAAUGGUUUAAGUUUAUCAGGAAAGAUCGGUAGGGGGCUCGAGAAGUUGCAGUCAUUACAGGUAUUAUCUUUAUCAAACAACAACUUAACUGGUCCUAUUAGCCCUGAGUUAACUUUGUUAACAAAUCUUGAAAAUCUUAACCUUAGUCAAAAUGGCCUAUCAGGAAAUAUUCCUCCAUCUAUUUCAAAAAUGACCUCCUUACAAUUUCUUGAUCUCUCUCAAAAUUCGUUAUCUGGACCUGUCUCUGAUACUAUGUUUGAUAACUGUGGUAAUUCGCUACGUUAUCUUUCUUUAUCUGGGAAUUUUCUUGAAGGUGCAUUUCCAACCACAGUUUCCAAAUGUAACUAUUUGAAUCAUCUCAAUCUUUCAAGAAACCAUUUUUCUGGCGACCCGGGAUUUUCCGGAGGACUCUGGGGAUUGACAAGGCUAAGAACAUUAGAUCUUUCACAUAAUGAACUCUCUGGAUUAGUACCUGUUGGUAUUUCAGUGUUACAUCAGUUGAAAGAGUUGUUGUUACAAGGGAAUCAAUUUAAUGGAAUGUUACCUUCUGAUAUUGGAUAUUGUCCACACAUGAAAAGAUUAGAUUUGAGUGAAAAUCUAUUCACAGGAGAAAUCCCAGAGUCAGUACAAAAGCUUAAUGCUCUUUCUUUUCUAAGCUUAUCAAACAAUAUGAUAAAUGGAGAUUUCCCUCAAUGGAUAAGUAACAUGAGCAGUUUGGAAUACUUAGAUUUUUCAGGCAAUAGUUUAGAAGGGACAUUGCCUGAUUCAAUAGGGGACUUGAAAAUGUUGAAAUACUUGAGUUUAUCUGGUAAUAAAUUGAGUGGAAACAUUCCAAAAUCUAUGGUUUAUUGUACUAGUUUAUCGACGAUUCGACUAAAAGAAAAUGCAUUGACUGGUAGCAUUCCUGAGGGACUGUUUGGUAUAGGAUUAGAAGAAGCAGAUUUUUCAAGAAAUGAGUUGAGUGGUUCAAUUCCUCCUGGUUCUGGCAAAUUCUUUGAAUCAAUUCAAGUUCUUGAUUUAUCAGGAAACAAUCUUACUGGAAAUAUUCCAGCUGAAGUUGGACUUUUUUCCAAGUUGAGAUAUUUGAAUAUUUCUUGGAAUAAUUUUCAAUCAAGAUUGCCUCCUGAAGUUGGAUACAUUCAGAAUCUAACGGUGUUAGAUCUUCGACACAGUGCUUUAGUUGGAUCAAUUCCUGGUGAUAUAUGUGAUUCUGGUAGCUUAGGAAUUCUUCAGCUUGAUGGAAAUUCAUUUACUGGACCCAUUCCUGAUGAGAUUGGAAAUUGUUCAUCCCUCUACUUAUUGAGUUUGUCUCAUAAUAACUUAAGUGGCUCAAUACCAAGGUCUCUUUCAAUGUUGAUGAAGCUCAAGAUAUUGAAGCUAGAGUAUAACCAAUUGAGUGGUGAAAUACCACAAGAACUUGGCAAAUUGGAAAAUCUUCUGGCUGUUAAUAUAUCCUACAACAGGCUCGUUGGACGGCUUCCAUUAGGUAAUAUAUUUCAGAAUUUAGACCAGAGUUCAUUGGAAGGGAAUUUGGGCAUUUGUUCACCUUUGUUGAAAGGUCCUUGUAAGAUGAAUGUGCCAAAGCCUUUGGUUCUUGAUCCUUAUGCUUAUGGAAACCAAAUGGGAGGUCAAAACCGAGGCGAUGAAACUUCAAGAAGCAAUAGCAAAAGGUUCAAACACCAUAGAUUCCUUAGUAUUUCAUCCAUUGUUGCAAUCUCUGCUGCAGCUGUGAUCGCGGUUGGAGUAAUGGUGAUAGCCUUACUAAAUGCUUCUGUUCGAAGGAAGAUUGCGUUUGUUGACAACGCCUUGGAAAGUAUGUGCUCAAGUUCUUCUAAAUCCGGGAGCUUAGCAACUGGAAAGCUAGUGUUAUUGAACACCAAAUCGUCCCCGGAUUGGACUAAUAACAGUCUUGAAUCUGUCCUAAACAAGGCAUGUGAAAUCGGUGAAGGUGUUUUCGGGACAGUUUACAAGGCUCCAUUGGGAGGGGAAGGAAGAUUAGUAGCUAUCAAGAAGCUUGUGACAUCAAAGAUACUCCAAUACCCUGAGGACUUCGAUAGAGAAGUCCGAGUUUUAGCAAAAGCAAGGCAUCAAAAUCUGAUAUCCUUAAAAGGGUAUUACUGGACUCCUCAACUUCAGCUUUUAGUAUCAGAUUAUGCACCAGAAGGAAGUUUACAGGCCAAACUACACGAAAGGCCAUCAUCUUCACCUCCACUAUCUUGGUCCACUCGAUUCAAGAUUGUGCUCGGUACAGCCAAGGGACUAGCACAUUUGCACCACGCGUUUAGGCCAGCAAUCAUUCACUACAACAUAAAGCCUAGCAACAUCCUCCUUGACGAGAAUCUCAACCCGAAAAUAUCAGAUUUCGGGCUAGCAAGGCUCGUGACAAAGCUCGAUAAACACAUGAUAAGCAACAGGUUCCAGAGUGCACUAGGCUAUGUAGCACCUGAAUUGGCAUGUCAGAGCUUAAGGGUGAACGAAAAGUGUGAUGUUUAUGGUUUUGGGAUGUUGAUUCUUGAAAUUGUGACAGGGAGAAGGCCAAUUGAGUAUUGUGAAGACAAUGUGUUGAUACUCAAUGAUCAUGUGAGAGUGUUGCUUGAACAAGGGAAUGUGUUAGAUUGUGUUGAUCCAACAUUGGAUACAUAUCCUGAAGAGGAAGUUUUGCCUAUUCUGAAAUUGGCUUUGGUAUGCACUUCUCAAAUACCAUCAAGUAGGCCUUCAAUGGCUGAAGUGGUUCAAAUCUUGCAGGUCAUCAAAACACCUGUUCCUCAAAGAAUGGAAGCAUACUAAACAUGUCACAAACUUCAUUGUCUUUUUAUUUUGUCUCCUAUAAAUCCUAUUAUUAUUAUCUUAAGCUCCUAAUUUGGUUAUUUUGUUACUAGAUAGUGAUAGAGAGUUUGGUACUUCUCUAUCAUUUGUAUGAAAAAUAUGGCAGGGUGCAGUAACUUCAAUCUUGUUUGUUCCAUUUUCUUGAAUUUAUCCUGAUAAAGUUUAUGGGUUUUCGA